AUGGCCUUGUUCUUACGUAAACUGCUUGACAUUUUCAAUCCUCCCAAAGGGGACGAAGGUAGUGUUUCAAUCCCACAUGAACUCGAGAAGAAUUAUCGAAUCUUAAGGGUUAUUGGUACGGGGUCUUUCGCAAUUGUAAGAGAAUGUGUAGACAAGAAAACUGGUCAAAGUUAUGCGUUGAAGGUUAUUUCCAAAAGGUCUGUUAAAGGAAAGGAACAAAUGCUGUCCACGGAAUGUGAAAUCCUCAAAAAAAUUCACCAUCCAUAUAUUGUAACAUUGCAUGGUCUUUACGAAACGAAGGAAGGUGUCUUCAUUGUGACAGAUCUUGCAAGGGGCGGGGAAUUGUUUGAUCAACUUAUAAAGAAAGGGUCGUAUACAGAACGAGAUGCCGCCAACUUGGUGCGACAAAUGCUGCGUGGUGUGUCAUAUUUGCAUGAAAAUGGUAUAGUGCAUAGAGAUCUGAAACCAGAAAAUCUGCUUUUUAAAGACAAGUCGGAAGAUGCAGAUAUCCUGAUCACCGAUUUUGGCCUAUCAAAAAUCUUGAAAAAUAAAAACGACAUUCUGACGACAGCCUGUGGUACGCCGGGAUACGUGGCUCCCGAGGUACUUUCACAACAUGGACAUGGAAAGCCAGUGGAUAUUUGGAGUAUUGGGGUGAUCAUGUAUACCAUGCUAUGCGGGUAUCAGCCAUUCUAUGGCGAUGAUCAAAACGCUCUAUUUGAAUCCAUCAUGCGUGGUCAAUAUGAUUAUGAAGAAGAUUACUGGGCUGGCAUAUCGGUGCAUGCGACCGAUCUGAUUGAUAAAAUGUUAACUCUGGACCCAUCAAAACGAAUUACCGCACAAGAAGCGCUUCAACAUCAGUGGUUUCAAUCGGCAACUACCGUCGACAUUCUUGGAACUGUGCGGAAUAAUCUGUCAGCAAAGGACAAAUUCAGAAGAGCUAUUCAUCUUAUUAAAGAUGUCAAUCGCUUUCGGAAUCUGGGUAGUCAACGAAAUCUCGAUGUCGAGUCGAAAAUUAUCGAGCAAGAACGUAUUCAGGUUGAUGAUGAGUCAAAAGUUGUUGAGCAAGAACGUGUUCAGGUUGAUGGCGAGGUGACAGAAAAUUAG